AUGGUCCGCCCACACAGCACCGCCCUCCGCGGGGCACUACGCACCGUUCAGUCGCGCCCGUCACCAGGCCUCACACACCAGAGACUCUUCGCCGCCGCCGCCCGAUGCCGCACCAACGACAAGCAGCAGUCGUUCAAGAGCCAGCUCUAUGAGAGCACCCAGCAGCGGCUGAAGCGCGAGCGCGCCGAGCAGGAGCGCUUCGCCCAGUACCAGACUCAGUCCUCCGGCGGCCGUUAUGCUGCAAUGAUGUUCGCGCUGGUCUUUUUCUCGUCCGGCGCAUACUACCUCGGAUCCCUCAAGCCCGCCGCCCUUCCCACCUCAUCCACCACCUCCCUCGCCGACCUCGAGCCCCCCAAGCACAAUGUCUCCCAGUCCAACCUUCAGGCGGCCUGGUCCGACUUCGUCGACAUCCUCGGCAAAGAGAAUGUCUCGACGGCCCCCGAGGACCUCGACACCCAUGCCGGCUCCGACUGGUCGUCCUACCCCCGCAAGGCGGACGAGACACCCUUCCUCAUCCUCUACCCCGCCUCGACCGAGGAGGUCUCCCGCAUCAUGAAGAUCUGCCACCAGCGCCUCAUCCCCGUCACUCCGUACUCCGGCGGCACCAGCUUGGAGGGCCACUUCGCCUCCACGCGCGGCGGCGUAUGCAUCGAUUUCCGCCGCAUGAAUCGCAUCUUGGACCUCCACAAGCAUGAUUUAGAUGUCGUGGUCCAGCCCGCCGUGGGCUGGGAGGACCUGAACGAGCAGCUGGCCCAGGACGGGCUGUUCUUCCCCCCGGACCCGGGGCCCGGGGCCAUGAUUGGCGGGAUGGUGGGCACCGGGUGCUCGGGCACGAAUGCCUACCGAUACGGUACCAUGCGCGAGUGGGUUCUCUCGCUAACGGUCGUCCUGGCGGAUGGAACCGUCAUCAAGACCCGCCAGCGACCGCGCAAAUCCAGUGCCGGCUAUGACCUGAACAAGCUCUUCAUCGGCAGUGAGGGCACGCUUGGUCUGGUGACCGAGGCCACCCUCAAGCUGACCGUGAAGCCGGCGAGUCAGAACGUGGCUGUCGCGAGCUUCCCCAGCAUUCAAGAUGCCGCCGAGUGCGUCACCCAUGUCGUGGCGGCUGGCAUCCCCGUUGCCGGCGUCGAGAUUCUCGACGACGUGCAAAUGAAGUGCAUCAAUGCGAGCGGGUACACCAGCCGCGAGUGGAAGGAGUCCCCCACCAUCUUCUUCCGCUUCACCGGUACCCCCGCCGCCGUCAAGGAGCAGAUUGGUAUGGUGCAGAAAAUUGCCUCAAAAGCUGCUAGCAAGUCCUUUGAGUUUGCCCGCGGCGAGAAGGAGAUGGAUGAGCUGUGGAGCGCUCGAAAGACCGCCCUGUGGAGUGUCAUGGCGAUGCGCAACAACCCCGAGGACCAUGUCUGGACCACCGAUGUCGCGGUCCCCAUGAGCAGACUGCCAGAUAUCAUCGAGGCUACAAAGGCCGAUAUGACCAAGAGUGGCCUCUUGGCUGGUAUCUGCGGCCAUGUGGGUGAUGGUAACUUCCAUGCUAUCAUCCUGUUCAGCGACAAGGAGAAGAAGGUCGCCGAGGGCGUCGUCCACCGCAUGGUCAAGCGUGCCGUCGAGAUGGAAGGCACCGUGACGGGCGAACACGGCGUCGGCCUCGUCAAGCGCGAUUAUCUUGCCCACGAGCUGGGCGAGUCUACCGUGGAUGCCAUGCGCAGGCUAAAAUUGGCCUUUGACCCUCUCUGCCUGCUCAACUGCGACAAGGUCGUUCGUAUUGAGCAGCCCGCGCCGGGCGAGGUCAAGGAAUGGUGA